CCACCGCAACCACACUUCACUCCACUUCCUUUCUCUAACCUCGAAACAUUGUUCACCGCAACGCAAACCUCGACAUCACACUCCAUUGGCGCCACUUGUUGCACUCGAGCGACCACAAUACGAUCUGGAAAGCAAAAUAACUUAGCAGCUACCAACCUCCGCGCCACACCAUUCAUCUCGACGCUUGGAACACAACUAUGGAGAGCACUAGGAAUUGGCAGCAGAAAACACUAUCGACAUUCCCUCUAUUCUCUCGCCUCCCAGUUGAGAUUCGCAACCAGAUAUGGAAGACCUCACUUGCUCCUCGAAUUGUGAAAUGGAUGCGAAUGGAGGACGAGAAUAUCUUCGAAGUUCCAUCGAAAACACUCCCCCUUCUCAGCGUCAACCGCGAAUCUCGCGAGGCGGCAUUCUUCUAUGGCGAAUAUCGAAAGGUGUCUGCAGACCCAAGAACAAUGUAUUUCAGUCCAAUCAUAGAUUAUUUACUCUUUGAUCCUGGCUGGAUUGAUCUUGUUGGCCAUGCCAACGUUAGCAGACUAGACCCCAUCAACACACUUCUUCCCGAACUCAGUAACAUUCGAAACAUCAUGGUGCAUCCAAACUACACUGAGGAACGCAAGAUACCGACAGCACUGUUCGAAAACCUACGCUCCCUGCAACGCGUGUUGGUAGCCGUAGAUGAGAAGAUGAUUGGCGCCCAGAGAAAACACAUGGUCGCCACGGUUUACGACAUCGACAAAUACUUUAUGUUCACGGCCAAGCAGCGUAUACCAGAUAUCAAAAGACCUUAUAUUGCUGUCGGAUGUGUUGGCUGGGUUGGGGCUGAACGGCAUAGAUGGCACCACCCCAGUGAGGAUCAUCGACGGCUUGUAGCCGUGUUUGACAACGAGGACCAAAUGGCUGAGCAUGCGGUCUCGCUGCGGGAUGAGGAAUGGAAAUAUGUUCAAGAACGCUUUAAGAAAGGACGGCCGAACUCCAUUCUUAAAUUCCGUCAAACAACUGGCGAUUCGGGACGUCAAUCCUUAAGCAGUUCCUUGGGAUCCAGUGCUGCCCAACCUCCUUCUUACUCAGAGCCUCCCAUAAUGCAAGUAACGGACUCGGCAGAAGCCGAAUCCUCAACUCAAGACGGAACUUUAUAUGCAAGAAACAAAAGGCCGCGAGUGGAUGGAGAUUUUCAAGGGCUUCAAACUGUGAACUCAGAGAGCGAUGAAGAGCUUCCUGGAUAUGAUCAAAUUAGCUGAUUUCUGCAAGGCGGGACUGCUUUUCGUCGAAACUCAAUUCUCGCCUUACCUGUCUACGGCUUCAAUCUUUCUUCAGUUGUUGGA